CAAAUAUUUGAAAGUUUCGCUAAAAAUGGUUUAAUAUUACCUGAUAAUAAUGGAACUAAGUGUAAGAUUGCCGAAUAUUUCUCCGGAAGUGAAUGCAAAUAUAUUCUCCAGAUUAUGGUUUUGCUGGGUAUUACAAUUUAUGAAAUAUGCUUCCAAUCACAACUUACAAAUCAGAGAUGUAUACGAUACUGUGGACAAGGACUUAGCGGCUCAUCUAAGAGAGGAAUUAGAAACGAAUUGGAAUCACCAGUUAAAAAUAGGACGAAUCAAGAACAGAACCCCUUGCUUUUCAAAAGCACUAUUUUCUACGUUUGGAAAGUCAUUUUUAAUGUAUGGAAUGCUUUUGUUUACACAAAGUGUCAUCAUAAGAAUAUUUUAUCCCAUAGUUUUGUCCGAAUUUAUAAUUCAUUUUGAAAUGAGAACAGAUGAUGUUAUUGGUUGGUAUAUGGGAUCUGCCAUUAUUAUCUUAGCAAUUUUAAAUACUUUUAUAUACCAUCACACCUAUGCUGGAUGCUCGUUUAUUGGAAUGAGAGCUCGAGUGGCGACUUCAUCACUACUACAGAAAAAGGUAUUACGACUAAGCCAGACUUCCUUAAAACGAAUAACUCUAUGUAGACUAAAUAAACUACUAACCGAAGAUGUCAAAAAUAUAGAAGCAGCUGCUCCGUAUCUCCAUUAUUUAUACAUAACACCAGUACAAUUCAUCAGUUCAGCUUAUAUUUUGUACACUUUUACUGGAGUAGCAUCCUGUGUGGGUUUAGUUUUCAUGUUACUUGUAUCCAUACCACAAGGAUACAUAUCGACUUUACUAAAAGGAAUAAAGCUUCAGUUAUCGAUAUAUACUAAUGAAAGAGUUAAGAUAAUGAAAGAAAUAUUACGUGGUGUUCGUGUAAUUAAAAUGUACGGCUGGGAAAUACCAUUUGAAAAAAUUAUAGAGAAAUCCAGAAUAUAUGAACUUAAUGCAAUUUCCAAGCAAAUAUUCGUAAGAUGUAUCUCCAUUUCAAGUUUAAUGUUUAUUCAGUCAACAGCAGUUUUUCUCACCAUAAUGACUCAAGUAUUGUUGGGAAACAUAAUUACGAUAGAUGCCAUAUUUGCCCAAAUUUUAAUUUUUUUUAAUCUCCAGCAAUACGCCUGUUACUUUUUUCCAGAAUCCGUAGAAAGAUUUGUGGAAGCUAAGGCAUCAAUUAGAAGAAUAGAAGAUUUUCUUGCAAUGGAAGAAAAGGGGGAACAACUAAAAAUAAUAAAUUGUACGAAAGCAAUUAAAAAACCAGGAUCAAUUAUUGUUACAAAUGCUAGUGCAAAAUGGGGAGCUCAACUUGUAUUACAAGACAUCAACCUGAGAAUUAAGCCUACUAGUUUAAAUUGUAUUUUUGGACUUCCAGGAUCCGCAAAAACAUCUUUCUUACAAAUGCUACUAAAGGAGUUAACACCGUAUUCAGGAAGAGUGGAUGUAGUGGGCACGAUUUCCUACGCGAGUCAAAAACCCUGGCUUUUUCCUUCUACCGUUAAAAGUAAUAUUCUUUGUGGACAACCAUAUAAUAGACAUAAGUAUCGCGAAGUUGUAAGAAUAUGCGCUUUGGAUGUUGACUUUCAAAAAUUACCAUAUGGAGACAGAGCCUUGUUCAUGGACAAAAGAGUUUGUGGAAAUAAUGUUCUCAAAGAAAAAAUAAAUCUAGCAAGAACAAUUUAUAAGGAUGCCGAUAUUUAUAUCAUCGACGACUGUUUUGGCUCCAUAGACCCACAGACAGAGAAAUUCAUAUUCAAGGAGUGCUUUUUAAAAUAUUUAAAAAACAAAACGAGAGUGUUUGUUUCCUCCAAGUUGUAUUAUGCUAAAGAAGCAAAUACAAUUAUGGUUUUCGAAAAUGGAACAAUAAGUAGAACCUUAGAUCGAGAGGAACUCAACGAGGAAGAUUUUCAGUACUUAAAUUCCAAAGUUUCCAGCGAGAAGAAUAAUUUGUCAUCAUAUAAUGUAAAGCCAUUUGCUGAUGAACCAGACCUCAGCAAUUAUGAAUUCGAACAGACACCGGUUACUACAAUUAGACAAAAACGUGGCUAUUUCGAUACUCUUGCAGAUUUUCUCAAAGCAUCUGGAAAGAAAUAUGUGGUUGAAAUAGUUCUAAUUAUUUUUGGAAUAAGUCAGCUCUCUGCUGGUAUAUCUGAUGUCUGGCUGUUACAGUGGAUAAGACAUUCAGCAAAGAAUUUUACUCAUCAACUAUUUCCUAGAAAUGAGUACUUAUCCCAAAACCAAACUGCAGCCAGCCGUACGAUAUACCACAAACUAAUACAAGACUUCCUCUUCGGAUUGGACAAAAAUCACACCAAAUAUAUCACAGUGAUUGAAACCGACACAAGCGGAGAAACCAAAAUAUUUGGAAUUUAUGAAAAGGAUCUCUAUGUAUCCUUGUAUGCGGGAUUUAUAAUUAUCUGCAUAAUAUUCACCGUUGUAAGGUCCCUUCUGUUUCAUGCACUUUGUAUGAAAGCAUCAAGGGUAUUGCAUGGCAAAAUGUUCGAGAAAGUGCUGUUUUCUCCAAUGAAGUUUUUUGAAAAUUACCCAUCAGGCAAAAUCUUGCAAAGAUUUUCGAAUGAUAUGGACGUAAUAAACCAGUUACCAGCGAAGAACUUCACCACUUUGCAAAUGUUUUCAGCGGUGUACGGAGCUUUGUUACUAGUUAUGUUCGCUAUCCCAGCUAUAAUUCUUCCCAUGUUUUUAAUUGCUAUAAUGGUAUAUUUUUUGGUAUCUUGUUUUGUUGCUACCAUAAGAGGUCUACAGAGACUUAAUAAUAAUACUAACGCCCCCUUACAACUAUUCUUAUCCAAAUCGUUACUUGGAGUGUUUACGAUUAGAAGUGCUGAAGCUGAAGCCAUAAUAUCAGAAACCUUCGAAAGCCUCUUGGAUCAACACACAAGCGUUUGGAGCCUCAUUCUGAUGUGUAGCGAAUAUUUUUGUUUUUAUUUGGACAUUAUCAUUAUUUUAUUUUUGGCCGUUGUUACCUUCUUUACUGUUGCAGUAAAAACAGAUCAUAUAAACAAUGUAUACAUUGGUCUAGCAGUGACACAGAGCAUAAUGCUCACGGAAACACUACACGUAGGUAUAAGAGAAAAUAUAGAAGUAUUAACACAGAACCCUGUGGUAAACAGAGCAUUGGAAUAUACACAAUUAGUGACAGAGAAAGUCAACGAAGCAACAUUGGUUCCUAAAAACUGGCCGUAUUGUGGAAAAAUUGUUUUUAGAAAUGUCUACAUUAAAGAUAACGAUGGACACGGAUCUUUUCUUAAAAAUUUAAAUUUGGUUCUUAAACCGGCAGAAAAGAUAGCCGUUGUAAGCAGAUUUCCUGAAGAAAAAUGGACCAUCGUGAAUUGCCUAUUACGCUUAGUGCCAGUUGAAGGCCUAAUUCUGCUAGAUGACGUUGAUACAGGCCAAAUAAGUUUAAAUAAAUUGAGAUCUACAAUCUCUGUUAUCACCCAAGAUCCAAUAUUAUUUUCUUCUUCAAUAAGAUUUAAUUUAGAUCCACUUGACCAUGCCAAUGACGAAAUGAUAUGGAAGGUAUUAGAAGAGGUUGGAUUAAAAACAAGUAUUCAAAGUUUGUCCCAACCAAUCAUUGAUGGACAAUCCAAUUUUAGUGGCAGUCAGAGGCAACUGUUAUGUCUAGCACGAGCUAUAUUAAAGAACAGUAAGGUUUUAAUUGUUGAAAAUAAUCCCAGUGAUAUUGACUCCAACUCGAGCAAUAUCAUGAAGAAAAUACUUCAAGAAAAAUUCAAGAAUUCUACGGUUAUUACAAUAGCAAAUACUAUAAGUUCGAUUAUGGACAAUGAUAAGAUUUUGGUUAUCGAAGACGGUAAAGAAGUAGAAUAUGCACAUGCACAUGAGCUGCUAAAAAAUACGAAUGGAUAUCUUUCCAGGAUUGUAAGAGAAUCUGGGCCUACCGAUGAAAAAAAUUUAAAGAGAAUAGCGAAAGAAAAUUUUGACCUGAGGAACCUUGAAAUUGAGUUUAAGUUUGAAUAAAAUUUAAAAAAGAAA